CUCUCUUUUUUUAAAGCAUUUGCGCUGCGUCGCCAACGAAUCUCAGGUCAUCCAAAUUCGAAUUCUUCGAAUCUCACAACUGUCACUGAGUCUAUUCCUAUUUAGCCCCAGAGCGCCCUAGAUCUACCCGGUUGGCAACAUUCACAAUCCCUCUCCGCUAAUCUCGAUCUCUGGUUUUCCGGGGAUUUACAUGUUCUGGAGGGGUAAUUGGGGUACAGAAUUGGCAAAAUUCACUAUCCUCUUCGCCAAUCUUGAUCCUUGGUUGUCUGUGGAUUUACGUGAUCCGGAGGUGUAAUCGGGGUUCAGAAUUGGGGAACUGAGUUUAGAUUGUGAGGAUUGGGAUUUGUUGGAUCGAUCAUGGUGUUCUGGGAGGGUUACGUGAGCGAUGAAGCGAUGGGAACAUUUGCCCCAAUUGUAGUGUAUUGGCUGUACGCGGGCUUCUAUCAGCUUAUGCCGUCUCUAGAUAACUACCGCCUGCACACGAGGAAGGAGGAGGAGGAGAAGAACUUGGUGCCAUUGGGGUCAGUCGUGAAGGGUGUUUUGCUACAACAGCUUGUUCAGGCUACAGUUGCGCACGUACUCUUCUUGGUAACCUCAACAGCAAGUGCAUCUGGGACCACAGAUCAGCCAUCACUUCCUGUUCAAAUUAUGCAGAUCAUUGUUGCAAUGCUGGCCAUGGAUACUUGGCAGUAUUUUGUGCACCGCUACAUGCAUCAGAACAAAGUUUUGUACCGUCACAUCCACUCCCAACAUCAUAGGUUGGUAGUCCCCUAUGCUAUUGGGGCCCUCUACAAUCACCCGCUUGAGGGUCUUCUGCUAGACACAGUAGGUGGGGCCAUCUCCUUCCUCGUCUCAGGAAUGACUGCUCGGACAGCUAUGGUUUUCUUCUGUUUUGCUGUGGUCAAAACUGUCGACGAUCACUGUGGGCUAUGGUUGCCCGGCAAUAUCUUCCAUAUCUUUUUCCAGAACAACAGUGCUUAUCAUGACAUCCAUCAUCAACUCCAGGGCGCAAAAUAUAACUAUUCCCAGCCCUUCUUCCCUAUUUGGGAUAAGCUUCUAGGCACCCACAUGCCUUACAGGCUUGUAAAGCGAGCCGAAGGAGGCUUAGAGGCAAGACUAGUGAAAGAGAAAGACUAGUUACAUUACUACUGCUUGUCUGUAUCAUUGCUGGCCGUCGUGUGGUAGGAUUUCUCUGCUUGAGCUCUUCCCACUAGGGAAGAUGCGGUGCUUGCUUGUUCCUUGAGCCUUCUAUUCUUGCAGGGGGCUGAAUUUGCCUCUAUUAUUGUUCAUUCCUUUUCUUACAGUCGUUUGACUACUGCUAUUCCUUUUGGUAACUUCACCCACUGCCCCAUAGAAAUGUAACUUUACCUACCAUCUUUGAUGAUGAUGAUGAUGAUGAUGUAUUCUUCAGCACUAUGAACAUUAAAACUCGUGUGUAGCAAGG